AUGUGUGAAGAAGAAAACACUCAGCAAAAUGGAAGUAAACAAACUGAAGGGGCAAGUAAGAAAAGGACACGUGGACCAACUAAAUGUUUGAAAAUCCAUGCUAGAAAGAGUGCGGAUCGUGAAGAGGUGGUCUUAGACGAUAAUGGAGAACCUAUUGGACCCAAUGAUCGAACCGUGACAGAUUUGAGUUGUUUCCUUGGCACUGUCGCAAGGAAUUCAGACUUGUGUCCCUUAGUUUAUACUAACUUCAAAGCUUUGAAGAAAGCAAACAAGGACCGUAUAUGGGAAUUUGUCACUGAUAAAUUCAUUAUCCCUGAAAAUGGAAGUAGAGCGGUUUUCUCUCGCAUAAAUGAUGCUUGGAGGCGUUUAGGGAAAAUUAGCAAAAUCAAUGUUGUGAACAGAGCUAAGCAAAAGUAUAUGCAUCGGAUGGGCCCAACAAACUUUGCGAGGAUUCGUGCAAAACUGAAAGAGGACGGAAAGGAAGUUAGCCAGGCAGAGAUGUUCAUUGAGACUCGACAAAGUCGAAAAGGAAAACAGCCGGAUGAGGAAACUUCAAGUGUAAUUUCUAAGCUUCAAGAAUUAGUUCAGGAUUCAACUGAAUCUGAGACAUUUAACUCCUUGUUUGGGAAAGAAAAAUCUGGACAAGUUCGUUGCUAUGGAAGAACAAUCACACCUACCAUGCUUAAAAUAAAAGAAGAAAUUCUGGUUAUUAAAAGGCAGCAUAAUGAUGAAGUGGCUGGCAUGAAGAGGGAGAUGGAUGGUAUGAAGGCACUAUUUAAGACAAUGAUGAAGCAACAAAACCCACAUAUGAGCGACGAGGAGAUCUCUAAUUUGAUGGCAAGUGCUAUGGGUUGUUCCAUUAGUUCUACUGCUGCUCCUGCUGAUCCACAUUCGUAUGCAUCAACUCAUAUUCCGCGUUGCGAACAGCUUAUAGUGUUAUUGGUUGGUACAAGUUUUGUGAAUGCUAGUAACAUUGAUGCAAAAACAAUAGAAGGUUAUCUUACUCGAAUAGUGAAAAGUUGGUUGGUACAAGUUGAUUCUGUUGGGUCAUAUGAUUCUGAUGUAAUUCAUUUUCUAUUUGAUUCUGUUGUAGCUUAUAGUGUUAUUGUUUCAAACACUGGUUACUUCAGUAGCAGUAACAUUGAUCAUGUUAGUAACAUUGAUCAUGGGAAUGCUGAAUGCUGGAUGUUUAUUGUGUUUAUUGGUGGAGAGGAAGCAGAUUGUGAUGAAGAUAUGGAAGAAGGUUGUGAUGACAUUGAAGAUGUGGAAGAAGGUUGUGAUGAAGAUGUGGAAGAAGCUGGUUAUGCAAAAGAUCUGGAAGAAGAACAAGGAGAAGAUCAAGAAGAAUAG